AUGGCAGGAAAGACGUGGCAUCUGUUUACUGUGUUAUUGCUAAUAUUUACAAUUUUAUCACACGCUGGUGAGUCGACUUCGACCCCAGGAGCACCAUGGUACGAAAACUUGCCUGCAGUUACCAUGGACUACAAAGUACACAUAGAUGCUGGCAAAGAAGAUUGUUACUUUCAGUAUGUUCAACCCGGCGCAACUUUUUACGCUAGCUAUCAAGUGUUGAAAGGAGGUGAUGGUAUGUGUGGUUUCGCGGUACGUCAUCCUAAAGGGAACAUAGUGCAUCCGUAUGAGUGGCGACAAAGUGCUGAGUAUGCAGACCAAUCAAGCACUGGGGGCUAUUAUGCUGUGUGUAUAGAUAACCAGUUCUCGAGGUUUGCCGGGAAACUAGUCAAUUUAUAUCUGUCUGUCAUAAGAUAUGAUAAGUGGGAACAAUAUGCUAAGGAAGUUGAGGAGCUUGACAUGAAUAUCAAAAAUUUCACAAACUCGAUUCAGUUUGUGGAACGCAACGUGAAUGACAUCUUGCAGUAUCAAUAUCACUCGCGAGCUAGAGAAACCAGAGAUUAUAACUUGCUAGUUGAUAAUAAUGCCUAUGUGUCCAGAUGGUCCAUUAUUCAAAUCCUAGCAAUAGCAGCUACAGGGACACUGCAAGUAUAUUUUGUGAGGAAACUGUUUGAGGUGAAGGACAACUCGUCCAAAACUAGGAUAUAA